GUCAGUUCCUGUAUUACUUAGAUAACUGCCGUAGUAGGUCGCCGCCGUCGUCGCCAACUCCGAACGCAGCGCACACGACACGAUGAGAGGCCUGACUGUCGUCUCCGAUUUGCUCAACGGCUUCAACUCGACUCUAGACAAAUGGCGAGCUCGAACGCACGUCGGAACCAGCGACUAUCCGUCGCGACUCCUUCGCUCCGAGCAAAUCCCGGACGAUUUCAAGGAGGACUACAUUACAAACGACUAUGCGGGGGUGUGUUCGUUGGGACUGACGGUGGCGGUCGGAUAUUAUUAUUAUUCUCGACCGAUCGAGUUUGGUUGCUACGAGCAACCGGCUGUGUAUUUUGGUGCUGCGAUCUUGUCAUGCACAGUUGGGUGCUACUUGACCUGUGGGACUCGACUGCAGUGGACUCAGAUGCCGCAUCAGCUUCGAUUGGCUGCCUUUGCUGUGCCCUACUUCGUGAGUAUAACCCCACUGGCACAGAGGAUGGUCUAUGAGACUCAUUGGGAGCCGGUGUGUUCACUCCAUUUGCUGCAUAUUGGAUUCACAGUCGUUGGGUCGUUCAUCUAUGGUGCAAAGAUACCAGAGAGAUUCAUACCUAACUUAUUCGACUACAGUUUUCACAGUCACUGUCUCAUGCAUGUAAUCACCGGCAUCAGUGCGCUUAUACAAAUUUAUGCCGAGUAUGUCGACAUGAAGACGAGAAGGCAUCUUCUUCGUGGAGACAACCUGACUGUGUUUGACGUGUUUUGGCCUGUCGCCGUGAUGCUGACAAUACAGACUCUUAUUGUUGGGCUCUACUGCUACAAGUUGGUGAAGUUACGGCGACGAGAGACAGAGAAUAUGAAAAUAGAAUGAGAGAAGGGUUAGUGAUCAAAGACAAGCUGCAGUUAUAGGCUGUAAUACUAGAAUGAGACAAUUUCAGGUUUAUAUUGGGAGACACCACACAAUUGUUUUACCUUGUAGUACAUUGAGAGUGCACUAUUGCUAUUGCUACUUACCACUAGUACUA